AAGUCCUUUGAGUGGUUAUUCUGUCUCUCUCUCUUAUCUGUUCCGAUAGGACAAGUACACACGUUUUCCAGGUGCUGUCAGCCUGUGACUACCUGUGACUGAGAUCAUGCACACCAAGGAAAACUCAUGCUGCUGUUCCUUUGAUGACUGCAAACUGACUACAGAAUGGCUGCUGAGCAGGACGAGACACAGGCCAAAGAUAGCUAUCGUGUGCGGCUCUGGACUGGGACUUCUCGCAGACAGUGUCUCAAAUAAACAGACCUUCCGCUAUGAGGACAUUCCCAAUUUCCCAGUGAGCACAGUUCCUGGUCAUGAAGGGUGCCUGGUGUUUGGUCAAAUCAAAGGCAAGUCAUGUGUAUUCAUGCAAGGAAGGUUCCAUCUCUACGAGGGUUACUCAUUGUGUAAGGUCACGUUCCCCGUGCGGAUCUUCAAACUGAUGGGUGUGGAGACCAUUGCUGUGACAAAUGCCUCUGGAGGUCUCUGUCAGGAUUUCAAAGUGGGAGACAUCAUGGUCAUUAAAGACCAUAUUAACUUGCCAGGAUUUGCUGGACAGCACCCUCUGUGUGGACCCAAUGAUGAACGAUUUGGGAUCCGGUUUCCUUGCAUGUCUGACGCAUACAGCAAAGACCUGAGGAAACUUGUUUUGGACAUCACUGCUGAGCUGGGCUACUCUAAUUUUGUGCAUGAGGGUGUCUACUGUAUGGUUAGUGGACCCAACUUUGAGACCAUCGCUGAGGCACGCAUGCUGCACAUCUUGGGGAGCGACUCUGUUGGCAUGAGCACGGUUCCUGAGGUGACGGUAGCCAAGCAUUGCGGACUGCGGGUCCUGGGUCUCUCGCUCAUCACCAACAAGGUUUCUCUGGACUACAGCCGCGAGGAGAAAGUGAAUCACGAGGAGGUGCUGCAGAUCAGCAAAAUGAGAGCUGAGAUGCUCCAGAAUGUGCUCGUAACCUUCAUCGCUCGCUCUCACCAAGUGGACACCAUCAACAACAGCAACUGUAUCUACUCAAAUGCCAUGUAGGUUCAAUCAAACCAGUUGAAUUAAGGGCACUGUGGAAGUCAUGUGAAUGUAUACUACAGAUAUUAAAGGGCUAGCUCGCCCAAAAAUGAAAAUUAGCCCAUAAAUUACUCACCCUCAAGUCAUUCUAGUCAAGUCAUUCU